CAGGCCCAGGGCGGGGAGCGAAAGAGGGCGGGGGAAAGGGGGCAGAAGGGAAGAAAACCGUCGGAUCUCGUUCGCGAGGGCCUUCACGAAGAACUCCGCGCUGACAGGCGCAGAUUCAGUCGGUCCACCUCUGAAGCGGUCGGCCUCGAUGGCGCGCACGACUGUGUCGCCACGCAUGCGAAAAAGAGAACACCACUGCGAAAGAUGUCCGUGUUCGAUUUGUUGGACUAAAUUCAAAAUCCGUACUUCUACGCUGUUGCACAAGCGCGGCGGCGUGCUUUGCCGCAGGCCGCUGGCUACCCAACAUAAACACGAGAACACAAUGUUUCCCAUACUAUUUUGCCUCGCCGACGCUCUCCGCGGGAUCAAAGCCCCGAAAGCAGCCAGGUAUCCGUGCCAUGGCUGAUGCAAGUGGGGGUGAGCUAGACUCGAUGAGUGAUAAGGAACAGCAGCAGCAAGGAUGCGAGAGAAAUGUGCGAUGGAUAGCUGACUGCCGAGCGGUGGGCCCUCAAAUGCCUCUGUAAUUGAGAAAAGCGAUGCUCGCAGCAGGUGGGCCUACAAACGGGCCUAAAGUAAUUGUAGAGAUGUGGGCGAAGCACGGUUCAAGCCUGUGGUCGCACGAUAAGGGCACAGAAAACACUGAACGAUGCCGAGGCACCGGUCCGCUGUUGGGCGGCCUCCUGGCCAAAACGGACAAACCCCGGGGCUAGACAAACAGCAAUACUUGACCCAUUCCGCCCCCCCCGAAGGCCUGACCCGCCAGGACAGCGGCACACGGCUGGCGCGCUACACCCCGGGCGGGAUCGCCCCGACUCGCUCAAACAACAAAAAAGACAGGGCUGGGGUGCACGGUUUCCCCCAGGGCCGUAGGCAACCCGAGGAGGAGAGGAAGGAGGAGGAGGAGGAGGAGGAGGAGGAAGAGAAGGAGGAGGAAGAUGGGGACGGGUCGCCUAAGCUCUUCGGAGGAACUCACCAGGCUGGGUGCGGCCUCCUCGCGGGGCCCACAGGUAAGCAGGGCCGGCGAGGAGGCCCGCCAGCGGCUCGCACUGCCGUGCCGUGGAACCUGGCUGCCUGAAUCGGCGCCGCCACGACGCUCCACGACCAGGCAGCCCCAGGCCGCUACCUGCCGCCCCCAGGAGGCCCGACGCUGCCAAAAAGUUGCAGCAUCGUGCGGGAUCCGCAGGCUCCGCUGGCGUGUGUGAGGUUUUUUUUUACGUUCGAGUCGUCGUCGAC